CCGAGCGAAACGGCGUGCGAUUCGUAUUGCCGACGGUCUGACAGCAAGAAGAAGACCGUUCCUCACAUAAUCUAAUAUUGUUUUUUUUAAAUUUUUUCGUUUUUAUUUUCUCAUUGGAUUACGAUUUUAACCGCUCGCUGACGACAUGUUGCUGAAGAUAACGCCGUUUUUGGCGGCGGUGAUUUUUUGCUGCUCUGCAGUCACGGUAAACGGAGCUGAAAAAUCAACAGAAGCGCCAAUCGAUAAACGGAGUUCGGCCAACGGUUACGGUUCUUACGUCGGCGGUUAUUCUCCGGCCACGGACUACGGUGCGGCGGCCGUUCAAGACGGCGCCGUAGCAUACCAAUACGCCGCAGCGGCUCCGAUCGCCACCGGCCAAUACGCCGCAGGCCAAUACGCCGCAGGCCAAUAUGCCGCCGCCGGCCAAUACGCCGCCGCCGAUCAAUACGCCGCAGCGGCACCGAUCGCUUCCGGCCAAUACGCUGCUGCGGGUCAAUACGCCGCAGUUCCGGCUGCUGCUCCCAUCGGUGCCCUAGUGGUGCCCGCCAACCAGCUGUUCUAUCCGCAGCCGCAAGCUGCGUACGGAUACUCGUCGUCCGCCGCUUAUAACACCGCUCCGCUGACUUCGGUGGCUUAUAGCGCAUAUCCGGCCACGACUUAUGGCUUCCAGUCGUCGCCCACUUACAGUGCCGGCGGCCAGUCUGCCGCUUACACCGCCGGUCAGUCGGCCGCUUACAGUGCAGGCCCGUCUGCCGCUUACAACGACGGUCAGUCGUCAGCUUACGGUUCCGGUCAGUCGUCCGCUUACGGUUCCGGUCAGUCGUCCGCUUACGGUUCCGGUCAAUCGGUCACCUCUUACGGCCAACCCGUCACCACUCCCUCUUACAGCUCAUCGUCUGCCGGUUCAUACAGCGCGUCGUCCUCGGCACCUUACAAAUCGAAACCCGUGACUUACAGCAAACCGGAAGCCGAUUCGCAAACCUACACAGCACCAUCGUACCAGACGUCUCCAGGACUAAGCAAUUACGUUUCUUCGUCUUUCAAGACCAACAAGUAUCCGUCGUACUCACCGUCCUACCCGUCGACGUCGAGCGAAUAUUACGCAGCACAGCAGUCGUCAUCGUCGUACGGAUCAUCAUCCAAACCGAGCAGUUACCCGUCCUCUUCGUAUCCGUCUGACAGCUCGUACAACAAAUUCAAAUACCUGCCCCAGAGUUCGUUAUACGGUGGAUCAUCGAAAAAACCAUCCCCGUCUGCCCACUACAAACCAUCGUCACCGUACGAUGCAUUCGCCCCGUCUUACGGACAAUCGUCUUAUUCGUCUUCACCGCAAAAGUACGGUAGCUCUCCCUCUUACGGUGGUAGUUCUUCUUCGUACGGUAGUAGCUCUCCCUCAUACGGUGGUAGCUCAUCUUCGUACAGUGGUAGUUCAUCCUCGUACGGUGGCAGCUCUCCUUCAUACGGUGGUAGCUCUUCCUCAUACGGAGGUAGCUCUCCCUCAUACGGAGGCAGCUCUCACUCAUACGGAGGUAGCUCUCCUUCAUACAGUGGUAGCUCUUCCUCAUACGGUGGUAGCUCUCCCUCAUACGAAGGUAGCUCUCCCUCGUACGGAGGUAGUUCUCCCUCGUACGGAGGUAGUUCUCCCUCGUACGGAGGUAGCUCUCCCUCGUACGGAGGUAGCUCUCCCUCGUAUGGUGGUUCAUCUCUGUACGCUGGUAGCUCUCCUUCUUACAGUGGUAGUUCUUCUUAUAGUGGCCCGUCUUCAUACGGCGGUAGCUCUUCUUCAUAUGGUUCGCCGUCCCCAUACAAAACAACUUAUGGAUAUUACAAAUCGACAUCCCCGUACAAGUCACCAUAUAGCAGCUCUAGUCUUGCUCAUGAAACACAAUCAAUAACCUUUUAUAAAAAACCUUCUUAUUCUAGCGGAUAUUCUAGUGGGUCGUCUUAUGAAGGACCUUCAUAUUAUAAGUCGUCACCGUCUUAUUCGUCUGGUUCAUUCAAACCAAUAAUUUCUCCCUACCCCCAUAGUGAAUAUGAAUCACCAUCAUCUUCUCCUUACAGUUCUAAGCCAAGUUCUUACGAAUACAGUUCUAAAUAUUGACACUAAUACAAUGUUCCUUUUUUAGAUAAAUUAAUUUUUUUUGAUAAAAAACGUUUAGAUUGUAUGUUUAAAUUUGAAACUUUUUUUUUUAUUAUUAAUUAUACAAUUAAGUUAUUCUUGAACUGUUAAACAAUUUAAAACAUGCUAGUUGACAAAUAUUUGUUUUUGUAUUAAUGUUAAGUGCCUUAUUUAAAUUACAUUUAUAAAUUAGUGAUUAAAUUAUAUUAUUAUAAGUAUAAUAAUACGUUAUUUAUUUGAUCGGAGAUCAUAAUAACCACAAUCAAACAUUAUAUUUAUGAAAUAUAUAAACCAAAUAUACCUAUAACUUUUUUUAUAUAUAUUUAAUGAUUUCUAGUUUUUACACCUAAUAAGUAGUAACAUAAAAUCAAUUCAUGUUACACUGUUUAACAAAUGAUUCUAAAAUUGAUUUAAAAACCAAAUAUGUAUUUAAAUCAUACGAUACAUUAUGUUAGACGUGAUUUUAUAAUUGAACACUAAAAUCAAAAUGUUCAUAGUUAGGCGUUGUAAUGAAUUAUACUUUUUAGUAGUUUUUACUGUAUUGAUUUUAAAUUUGAAAAUGGAAAUUAACUUAAAUUCUAUUAUCAAAAUGGUAUAUAGAUUAUUAUGCUUACGAAUAUAAUAAAUAUGUGUUAAAGCUUAAAACUUAUAUAUUGUAUACUAAUUACCUUUUUUUUUUAAAUUAGAAAAUCAAAAAUUCUCCAAUUAUUAUUUUAGUACAUGUAAAAGUCCCUGUUUACUUAUUAAUCUAAUACAUUUAAGUUGAGUAAUUAGUAAGUACAUAUUACAUCCGAAGUACAAUUCGGUCGGCAUGCGAGUAAAAAAGAUAUACUUUGCGCUUAUGGGUUUUAAUCAUAUUACAAUUACGUACAACUUAAUAAUACAUAUUAUUGUACACAAUAUUGAUUGAUUGUAAAUCUAUAUGUUUAUAUCUACAGUCUUAAAGGUUAAUUAUACGUGUCACAUGAUA